AUGUCUCUCAAAGCCAUUGCAACCCUUCUUCUGGCGGCCGCCGUCUCUGCCGCCCCAGCACCCAGCAACACCUCCCCCAGCGACGCCACCAAGACCACCACCCUCACGGGAGUAACACACUCCGUCGUCGCCGGCCUGGGCGGGCUCAGAUUCGACCCGGACAAUGUCGUCGCCGAGAUUGGGGACAUUGUAGAAUGGCACUUCCUCCCGCAGAACCAUUCCCUCGUGCAGUCCUCCUUUGCCGAGCCGUGCAAGCCCCUGGCCGACGGGACCGGCUUCUUCCCCGGCUUCGAGUUCGUCACGAGCCAGGGCCAGGCGCCCAACGUCUUCCAGCUCCAAGUCAAGCACAAGAAGCCGCUUUGGUAUUACUGCCCCCAGCAGAAGGGCAACCACUGCCAGCAGGGCAUGGCUGGCGUUAUCAACCAGAACUUUGAUAAUCCCCGCGUCAGCCUGCAGAGGUACAAGGAGGCGGCGGCCUUGACGGGCACGAGUGUCAUCCCGCCCGUGAAUAACGUUGGCAGGGUCAUUCCCAACCCCAAUCCCAACGGGGGGUUUUAA